GUUCGUGUUCGUGUGUGCAUGGGUGCUUGUGUGUGUGUGCCUUUGUGUGUGUGCAUGUGUGUGUUUCCAGUAGAGGGCCAUCAGGGACAACUGGUGUUCGGGACAUUGGAGGGCCACCAGUGUGUCUGCAUGCAGGGGCGCUUCCACACCUUCCACACGAAGGCUUUGAUGUACACCAGUUACGAGGACUAUGAGGCUACGGCCAAAUGGUUGCUCUCCCAGACAGAGCAGCGUCCUAAAGUGGCCAUCAUCUGUGGCUCUGGGCUGGGCGGACUGGCAGAGAAGCUGGAGAACAGGGACGUCAUCCCCUACAGAGACAUCCCCAACUUCCCCCAAACCACCGUGGAGGGCCAUCAGGGACAACUGGUGUUUGGGACGCUGGAGGGCCACCAGUGUGUCUGCAUGCAGGGGCGCUUCCACACCUACGAAGGCUUUGAUGUAUACCAGGUGACGUACCCCGUGCGUGUGUUCUACCUGCUGGGCGUGAGGACGCUGGUGGUGACCAACGCGGCCGGGGGCCUCAACAGCAGCUUCAGCGUGGGCGACAUCAUGCUGAUCAAGGACCACAUAAACCUGCCGGGCCUGGUGGGGAACAACCCACUGUGUGGCCCCAACAACGACAGGUUUGGUGAGCGCUUCCUUUGUACGUCCGACGCUUACGACUGUGACCUGCUGGCCUUGGCCCAGCAGACGGUGGAGAAGCAGGGCAUCCGGGCUUCCGUGCAUCAGGGGGUCUACUGCAUGGUGAGUGGACCCACCUACGAGAGCAUCGCCGAGGGGAGGGCUCUGCGGACCCUGGGAGCCGACGCAGUGGGAAUGAGCACAGCGCUGGAGGUGGUGGUGGCCCGCCACUGUGGCCUGCGUGUCCUGGGCUUCUCGCUCAUCACCAACAAGGUGGUGACCGACGACCGCACGCUGAAGGCCAACCACGCCGAGGUGCUGGUCGCCGACAACAAUCGCGCCCAGGACCUCCAAGGGCUUGUCCGAGGAAUCCUAGCCCAGAUGUCUGUGGACCCUGAGGACCUGUGAUCUUGAGACGCAGCGGUCAAGUCGGCGGGAAAAGGCUAGAAUGCUUAAUGUUCACGUUGACCCCGGGUCGAGUGAAUGCACCUUAACCCUUGACCCCAGUUUGGAUUCAGCCGGCAGACUGGUUAGUUUAGGUUUUAGUUUUGGUUCAGGUGCUAUCAAGGAUGUUGUUUUUAUGGUUUGAUAAUCACUUCUACUUGGGAAAAUACUAAGUGUAGGGUAAAUGUGUAAUAAUGGGGUAUGUACUAAUAAUGUAGCACCGUCAGAAUUGUAGUAAAUAUUUUCAUAAGCAGUCCAAACAAGUGAAGCAGAAAACAAACGUAGUUACUUUAACAGAUAAUCAAAGAAUAAUCAGGGAAUUUAUUAAUAUAAAAUAUGUAUAUAAAUAUAUAUAUAUAUUUAUCAAAGUUAUAUUCAUCUAAGAGUUAUCUUUUCGGAUAAAUGACCUAUGAAGCUGUUUCUAUUUAAUAAUGUCCACUGAUUUAUAAGCUCCGGUGAGUUGCAGCAGCUUCUGUAUUGGAUGUGGAGGCUUCCCAGUCCUCAGGGGUUUUCCAUGGGGAAGGAAGAUGAGGGGACACCCCAAAAACUGUCUUGUUGAAAGGUGUGAAAAAGAGCUUUCUUCACGCACAUUGUUGUUGUUAAAAAGCAUCUCUUUACUUAAAACACAACACAACUGUUGAGUCACUUGCACAACUCCAGCCCC